AUGUCCUCUCAUGCCGCAACGAGAAGCCCUGGUCGGGAGGACCCACGAGAGCACACGAACUGGUCUGGUUAUCGUCCUUCAAUACCUCAAGAGCAGCCUACACCCCCUUCACAGUCUCCUCGCGCGCAGGAGCGAAGGCCUCCUCCAGGGCCUCCAGGGCUUCAAGAGCGACCCACAUCCUCUCCGCAUACUUCUCGCCUACAUGAAAGACGGCCUCCUCCAGGGCCUCCAGGACAUCAAGAACGGCCCACAUCCCCUCCACAGACUCCCCGUUCCGAACGACGGCCUUCUCCAAAUGACAGUCAUGCUCACAAUAGAAAUGAUGAUCGUCGUCUCGUUGAGGUCACUUUUCCACCUGCAGUCGAAACUACGACGACAACAACCACCACGCCCGCCCCGGCAACCCGACCACGACCUGAACUCAUGGAGAUUAUCCGGCCAACUGAGACCACAAUAUCACGGCCGAAGGUGGACUUCGAUGAAGUGAUGGCGAUAGAUGCGCAGGCUGAGGAUGACUACGAAGAGCCUGCCGAUGACCUAAGUGAUAGUGACAUGUAUAUUGGCUCUGUAGAGGUCGAUGACGAGCCACCGUCUACACCACCACCGCCGCCUACGAAUCCACCUGCACCACCCACUCGUCCACUUUCCACUAUCCGGCCGAUAGUGCUUCCACCUGCCGGGCAUCCUCAACCUUCUCUUCACGAGAAGGAUUCGACGAGAGCAUCGCGUGUAACAGUAGACCCACGGUAUCCUCAAGAACGGCCCUCUUCAGAGCGUCGGCCGCACGUUCCCCUCGUUCAGCCUCGCAAAGAUUUCUCAGAAUAA